UAAGGGUCAGACACAGCUGUGUGUAAACGCUCAUCUCAGCUUUACAUCACUGUAGAGGUUUCAUCUCAAAUCAACAGAAUGAUGAAGGUUCUUCUACUGGCACUGGUUCUCGCACUGGUGUUGACUGAUGGAUCUGCUUUGAAAUGUUACAAGUGUUUGGGUUGGAAAUGUGAAGUGACCGAACAGACGUGUGAUCCUGACAAAGAUGCCUGUGUCUCCUUUACAUCCGACACCAUUCCUUUUCCUCCCUUGUUGGGGUGCAUCACCAUGUCACAGUGUGAGAAUCUGCCUUGGUCCAACCCUGAUAUUAACGGAUGCUGUACGGCAGACCUGUGCAAUGCACCUGUCGAACCAGAUACCAAGUCUCCGUGAGGGGCAUGGCAGCAAUCUCAGCAACGACAAUAAAGCACUUUGGGUGUACAGUGGAAAAGUGCUAUAUAAAUGCUACAUUCAUUUAUCUAUGGGGUCUUUUAUUUCAUUAAGGCACACCUUUACAUGAAUAGAUACAUGUGUUCUUUCUUUUCUCCUUUAAACACUUCAUACUGUUUAACCUAAAUCUUCCAAUAAAUGCAACGCAAAAUAAACAAA